CCCACUAAACAUUUCUCUGCCACCUUAUCUCAAUUCCACUUCAAGGUUACGUACACAGUUUGGAUUAGAAGAUUAUUGUCAAGAGUUUGUGAUCCUUCCAAGAACAAUGAUGAAACAUGAAGAAUAACAAUGAUGACUUGGCAGUAUAUAUCUUUUUCAUGCAUAUCUUAACAUGUAUCUUUCUGAAAUUCUGAUGUUCAUACAUCGUGAUGCUUACUUCCACAUUCUCAUACAAUUUGCCAACAAGCUGAUUGUUUGUCUUUCUCUGUUCAGUUCAUCUAGCUAAGGCUUGCCUUGUUCAACUUUUCAUCCCAUUGAUGUAGCCAGGAUGAUUUUGUGCUUUGAUUAUAGUCGAUAUGAUCAAUGAUUGGAGCAGCUACCUAUUUUUAAUCUCGAGAUUAAAAUCAUGCUUAACAUGGAGAACAUAGGUACUAAAUUAAUUAAGUGAUGGGGAUUCAGAUUUCCUAAUGGGAUGGUCCACAGAAACUUUAGCGGACUGUAGAAGUUAACCUGUCAAAAUCUGGGAACCACAUCUCUCUCGGUGGGUAAGACAAACAAGCAUGUAAGCUGCUGCAGCAGCCAGCAGGCCUUUCUCCUUUUUGAAAUUUUAACUUCUUGUAAAUAGAAAGAACUUGCUAUAUUGAUUAUGGUGUGACGAUGCAGCCUCUCAUUCCUGGUCAGAAGGCCCCAUCUUCUUCAUGAUUAGUAAUUAUAAGGUAGCCGUAAAAUUUGGAGUACAUCCUAUUUAAGACCACUAAGGUCCAGAGUAGGUAUGAGGAGGGCAUUGAAUUAUAUGCUCUGAUGUCGACAUAAUAAUUGCUUGCCUUCCAAUAUUCUGCAUUUCUGCUACAAAGUUCUGAACUUUGCGCAUAAUUUUGAUAAUUCUUGGCAUAUGGAAUAUGGGUAUUAUGAAUAGUCUCCAAGCGCUACCAGCCAUGUUUCCUAUGGUCAUGUUAAGAGUGGUUCACUGACUUGCCAGUUUCCAGAGGGAUGAAUUGGCUGGAAGAUAAGGGGUUGUCGUGGUUAGCAAGUGGGAGGAUGGUCCUUUCCUUUUAGUGGAUGUGUCCCACAGCAAAGGAAGGGGCUUUGUCCAAGUUCCGGUAAGCCAGUCCUGGGGAGCGAUUUGUACUGUCAAAACGCGAUUAAGGGUCUUUAUAGUGUGAGUUGUCUUGCAAAGUAUGGGAAAAUUAGCGAGUUUGCUUCAACUUGGGUCCUAAUACACAUGUGAUUUAUGUUUUCAGUUUAACGUCUGUCAAAGUUAGUGCGGAUGGUGUGGUACGGUGGUCUCUUGUCGAGUCGAUUGCCCUGCUUUUGUUGCUUUCCCAUUUGUCUACACCGCCAUAAAUUUGGUGGUUCCAAAGAGGACUAAGCAUGUGUUUUGGUUACUUCAUCUUUAACAUGUUUUCCCCAGCCACCUUUAGCAGCCUCUAUAAAGCCUUACCCGGUAUUAGUUCUCGUUUAAGUCGAAACCUCUUCCUUUUGAAAGUUCCAUUCUUUCUGUCUCUUAUCUCUUCACUGCAAGAAUGGACGGUUUUCCUCACAGCGGCUCUUCACUGGAUGUGCCUCUGCUAAUUGAUCAAGAGCAGCACAGGGAUGCGUGCAAACUUGAUGAUGAUUUAGAAUCCAGUUAUAGUUUUCGUAACGAAGGCAAAACUUCCACCUUCAAGACCAUUUUCCAUGGUUUAAAUGCCUUGUCAGGUGUUGGGAUACUUUCGACCCCAUACGCUCUAGCAUCAGGAGGAUGGUUGAGCUUGAUCUUCCUAAUGGUAAUCGCCGGCGCAACCUUCUACGCAGGUUUGCUAAUCAAAAGGUGCAUGGAGGAAGAUUCCAGCAUCAGAACUUAUCCCGACAUAGGAGACCGUGCAUUUGGCAGAAAAGGAAGGCUCGUGGUAUCGGUCUUCAUGAAUGUAGAGCUAUACUUGGUUGCAACAGGAUUCCUGAUACUCGAAGGGGAUAACUUGGUGAACUUGUUUCCAGACAUGGCAAUAGAAAUUGGAGGGUUCCACCUAGGGGGCAGGCAAAGCUUCGUCAUACUUGUUGCACUCAUCAUUUUGCCUUCAGUUUGGCUCGACAACUUGAGCUUGCUCUCCUACGUCUCUGCGAGUGGAGUUUUGGCGUCUGCCAUCAUCCUUGCUUCGAUUUUCUGGACAGGAGCGUUCGAGGGAGUUGGGUUUCGUCAUACUGGUACGCCAUUGAACUUGGGUGGAAUCCCAACUGCGGUUAGCUUGUAUGCCUUCUGUUAUUGUGCGCAUCCCGUCUUCCCAACUCUCUACACAUCGAUGAAGAAUAAGCAACAGUUCUCCAAUGUCCUACUAUUGUGUUUCAUCCUCUGCACAUUCUGCUACGCGUCGAUGGCUGUUCUCGGGUACAUGAUGUUUGGGCCGCAUGUCCAAUCCCAGAUAACAUUAGACCUUCCAACGAACAAGUUCAGCGCGAAGCUAGCAAUCUACACUACUUUGGUCAACCCAGUUGCCAAGUACGCUCUCAUGGUCACCCCCAUUGUGAACGUAGCCAAAAAGAGGUUCCGUGCCUACUGCAACAAGAGGCCAUUCAGCAUGUUCAUCAGCACUGCAUUCGUCAUCAGCACAGUAAUCGUAGCUCUAGCACUGCCUUUCUUCGGUGAACUCAUGUCGCUGGUCGGAGCGUUCUUGAGCGUCACUGCGUCCAUCAUACUUCCCUGUGGAUGUUACUUGAAGAUCUCCGGCAGCUACAAGAGGUUUUCGCUCGAAACGGUGCUUCUCUGGGGGAUAGUGGUGUUAGGUGUCAUCAUUGUUGUGUUUGGGACGUACACCUCUCUGGUGCAGAUAUUGCACCAGCUGUUAUAACUGGAGGGAGGGGAAGAAACCAUGACGCGCAAAGAUCUAACAAGGAGAAAGAUUUCCAAAGGUAAAAACUGUAUGUAAAUUCUCAAGUUUACAGCCGAUGAUGAUGAAAAGAUUCUUGCUUUGUGAGGCUUGUGAGCCAGAGGUGGGGAGAGAGAGAAUGCAGUGUUUGGAGCUGGAGUUUUGUAGGUUUUUUGGGGUUGGAUUUGAAAGUCUCGACUUUAGUUUAGCUUUUGCAUGUCCCCACUGAAAGUUAAUGCAGAUCAGCUGUUUUCAGGCUCGCCGAUGAUAUGGAAAAGUCAUGAAUUCUUCUCCUAAUUUCUUAACAUACAAAAGCUUUCCGAUUUGCUUCAAUUUUCUCUUCUCCAUUACUCGUUUGGGCCCUUUAUGCAUGAAUAGGGUCAAAGUUUAGCAUCUCCUAAUUUCUUAACAUAAUUAGUCAUAAUUCAUCUUUGAACUAAAAUAAAAUAAUAAAUAAAUACUUUACUAUUCAUCCACAUAUCUUUAGAUUUAACAAAUUCAUCAUAAAUUUCAAUUUAGGUUUGUAAUUAUGAUAAAAGUUCAAUUUAAUAUUGUGGAUGAACAACUUGACAUUGAUAUUACAAUUUCCACAAUCGAUUAUUAAACGAGAGUACGUCCAUAGUAUGUUGUUGAUAUUUACAAUCGGUGAAUGUUAAUUGUCAACAUUUAUUUAAUAUGAUGAUAUGGCCUGAAAAUUAAAAAUGAUAUGUAUAAAUUUAUUGUAAAUUCAUCUUCAGAUAAAGUUUUGAAUUUCCAUUAAAUAUGUUUUAGGAAUAUGUAAAUUACAAACAAAUCGUCAAUGAUAUUCGUCUUAACUUACAUUGAUAUCUUUAGGAGAUAAAUCAAAUUAUCCAAAUGAUUAUAAUGUACCCAAAAUCAAAAGUGUACCAUAAAAAAAAAUGUAAACACAUUACAUACCAUAUUUGUAUUGUUUAAGACCUUCACAAGAAGCUAAAAUUGCUGCUCACUGCUAAGUGCUAUGAAUUAAGCGGGAUAAUAUGGAUGAUCUGUUUUUUUUUCCCCCAUAUGCUUCACUUUAGAGUCAUAUCAAUCACUGGUAUUCUUUUUCCCUACAAAUGACUCUGUAUUUUGUUUUUGUUUUUUCUGUAGAUUACUUGUAUUUAUUAGUAUUUGAUCCGUCUUCCUUUAUUUGAAGAUUCAGGGUUCAAAUUCAAAUCAUCCUUUUUCCCAUACGGCCUAAUUCUAAAACACAAGGUGUAGUUUAUAUAAGAACACAAACCCUUUUCUUUCACUCCUAAGUUCUCAUAUUAGAAACAAUUAUCUUUCAACGUUUUAAUCUCGAAUCACACACCCAAUCAAGUGACAUAAUGCUACGAAUAGACCAAUUCGAAAUAAUAAUAAAAACCAAAUAGCCGAAAGACAACGUGUAUAUUACCUGUAGGUGUUUUCCUUUUUCCCUGUAAUUUGGAGAAAUACUCUAAGCCGAAAAUGGAAAACAUAUGGACAAGUUGGAUUAAAUUUAUAGGAGUUGGAAGUUGGAGAUAAGAUCCGAGUAAGCAAAUGAAGAAAGAUGCUGACCAAAACACACUUAACAAAUGAAAGAGUAACGUAGUUGACCCUAAUGCUCGGCAAGUCUACUCUCCCUUGCUCCAUAAAUUAUUGGAAAAGCUCAAAGAGGCUUGCGAAGAAAGUGCAGAGUUCAUUGGUCUGCAUUUUCCAACAACUACUAAGGGUUUGAUUGACACCUUUGGUAUAUCAUAUGUUUCCUGGCUGCUCCUUUGUUGUUUCCUCUCCGAUCUUCAUUACCUUAUCAUUUCCAGGCGAUAUUCAAAUGUAUCCUUUUUUUUCCCCCACGAAGUUCAAGCAUUAGAAUAAUGGAGGGAACAAGAC